AUGAAUCGCAAAAAUCAGAUGACUAUUAGAGCUUCUCUGAAGAACACGCUCUUUAACAAAAACAGAAGGAAUUUGAAAUAAAAUCUUCCACCUUAAAACUCUUCUCCACCUAUACAAAAUUAUCAAACAAAAAGCACAAAUUAACAAUUUAGACAUUUUAGUGAUAUUUAUGAAUAUGGCCAUCAUCAGAUCGGUUAUAUGAAUAUUUAUCAUUAGGUGAAGGAGCACAUGGGAUUGUAAAGAAAUGUUACAAGCGAGAUCAAAACAAUAUGAAUAUAUCAGAAAGAACCACUUAUGCUGUUAAGAUCUUUAGAACUGGAGAUACAGAAAUAAUUAAUACGAUCAGGGAGACAUUUCAUAUAAAUCGAACACUUAAUGAUCUAAAUUGUGUAGUUAAAGCAUUAGAUCUUUUUAUAAAUUCUAAGAAAGAAGAACAUCACUUAGUUAUGGAAUAUUGUCCUUAUAUGAGUUUGGAAUAGAGAAUGGGAAAAUUAUGUUUAGAAGAUAUUCAAAUAAUUGCUUUAAAUUUAGCUUAAUCAAUAAAAUAAUUACAUUCAAGAGGAGUGUGUCAUAGAGAUCUUAAACCAGAUAAUAUACUAAUUGGAGAUAAAUUAACAUUGAAAUUAAUAGAUUUUGGAGUUUCUAAAAGAUUUUUAUUAAAAGGGAAAGUCACUAAAUUAAUUGAUAUGUGGACAAGAACUGGAUCAUUAUUUUAUUAAGCUCCUGAAAUAUUCUUAGGAGGUGGUUACAAUGAAAAAGGUAUAAAUGAAUCUAUUUUAAGUUGAUAUUUGGUCAAUAGGCAUAAUUUUAUAUUAAUUAUUGGUUGGAUAGUUGCCAUUUUAGUAAGAAACUGUAUUAGAUACAAUUGAGAUGAUAAGAGAUUCAGAAAUAAAUGUAAAAAACAUGUUACCUUUUAAAAAAUUAAAUCCUCUAGAAUAAGAUCUAUUAAAGAGACUUUUAAAGAAAGAUCCAGAGAAAAGACUCUCAGCUGAAGGUUUAUAAAUAUUAAAAUAUAAAAGAUUUUGCUUUACAUCCUUGGCUUCAUAAGGGAUAAUAAAAAAAGUCAACAAAAAGUUUUGAUGAUUGCGAUAUUUUAGAUAUUAGGAAAAGUGAUGGAAUGUUAUAAUAAUCAGAAAUAUCAAUUUAAAAGCAAUACUUACCUAGAAGCAAAAAUCCUUUGAUUGUUCCUAUACAAGAAGAAAAAGUUUCAAGUCCCUUGAAAUUGAGUUGGAACUAUUGGGAUACUCAUGUUCAUUAUGUUCCUUAAGAUUUAAUUCAGAUGAUAAAUCUAUAUGAUAGACAGUCUAAGGAUGUAGGGAAUUCAGAAGAAGUGAUGAAUUAAUAAUAGAAAUAAGAUGAAGAUUUUUAAGUUGGGUUAAUGAGAACAACAUCAGAGCAUUUUGAUUAACUAUGA